AUGAAAAUUGUAAAUUAUUUAUCAGCAAUUAAUCUGUUUGUUGUUUUAUUAAUGUCAUUUAAAACUGCCCAUGAUACUUCUUUAAUUCAUACAAACAAAUAUGCACAUAACAUGUUGUGUAAUAGUAGAAUUUUAGGAAAUACACCCUCUAAUAACACAGAAGAAGGUUCGAAUCAAACUGAUGGUAAUACUGAUUCAAACCCAACUACUAGCGACGGGGGUACAAACACAUCAGAUCAAAAAAGUGGUGAAAAUGCAGAAAAAUCUCAAGGUACAUCUGAAAAUGCAAGUCAAACUGAAAAUACAAGUAGUCAAGUUGAAACUCCAGCUGCACCCGCUAAAACUGAAACUACUCAAAGUGACGUAGCACAGCCAGAUAGCACAAAUGGUACUGAAAGUCAACCUGCAGGAGAAAAAGUUACUCUUCUUUCUAGUGAAGAAGAAGAAGAAGAAGACGAAGAAGAUGAUGAUGAAGAAUAUGAUGGUGAUUGUAAUGUGAAUAAUGGAGGCUGUGGAGAAGGUCUAAUAUGUGAAAAAAUGCAAAAUGGCGCAAUAAAAUGCUCAUGCCCAGAAGGAUAUAAAUUCAAUGGUACUAGCUGUAUUGGGUUGCUCAGUGCAGAUUCAAUAAAUUACGGUUUUUGCGGAAUUAUAAUGAUUGCUAUUACUAUAAUAUCAUUAUUAUAUUAA